CAGCCUGCGAGUUGCUUCCAGCCUCCAGGGCAGGCAGACCUCUCCUCCCUACCCUGCCCAUCCCCGGAGUGCCGAGGCGGGCUGCCCCACCGCUGGGAGGCUGAUGCCCCCUCUCCGCCCCGGCCCGGAGCCUGCAAACCGGCCGGGACUCUCACCCCGCCGCCGCCGCCGCCGCCCGGUGGAGCCGCAGCUGAUCUGGGAUGGUGGUCUCAGGCGCCGCCGCGGGGUCCCUGCUGCUGGCCGCAGCCGCCCUCUUCUGUGCCUUCUCUUGCAGCCAGUUGGCGUCUCCUUCAGACCGGCCCGCAGGAGUGGUGCCCUUUGAGGAAGUCUGGAGGCGCAGCUACUGCCGGGCCCGAGAGACCCUGGUGGACGUCCUGAGCGAAUUCCCUCACGAGGCCGAGCACAUCUUCAAGCCGCCUUGCGUGCCGCUGUGGCGAUGCGCCGGGUGCUGUGGCGAUGAGAGCCUGGAGUGCGUCGCGGAGGAGACCCGCACCGUCGACUUGCAGGUGGUGCGGGUGAGCCCGAUCCUGGGCACAACUCGACAGGAAGUGAUGACCUUCACAGAGCACACGCGGUGUGUUUGCAGGCCUCGUCGAAAACGUUUGAAGAGUGAGAGGGGCCACCGGAUCGGGGCCAAGAGGAGACCACGGGAGCCAAGCCCAACAUCUUCCAUCCCGCUGUACACACGGCACAGCUGCGUGCUUCCCGGCAUGGAGAGGCAAGGAGCUCACUCCAGAGGCCCAGAGGAAACGCCAGCCCUGGAUGAAGCCACCGUCAGGCCUCCAGCUAGAAGAGUUUCCCCGCUGCUUUGAGUCUGGAAAGCAGGCAAGCUGAUGCCCCCGGCUGGGACCGUGUGGGAGCUGGUCUUGGGGGCUGAAGAAGAAGACCGCCUGCAAGGCCCAGCCUGUGGAUUGUCCUUGCAGGGCUGCUCUCGUCUUGACAUGGGGGGGAGGGUCGGGGGGGCACGUGCCAUCUGUGGAGCAUGGGGAGGCCCACCUGCUGUUUGACUUUUGCUGUUCACAGGAGACUCUUGCUCAUGAACUGGUCUCUGCAUCUCUCUGGCAUCUGCCAGGAUUAGUUUCUUCUUCUCUGUCUUGAAGAGCUCCCAAAGAGGUUUGGCUUCUGCACUGGGCCGCUGCAACUAAAAAGACCUUUUGCAAAGCA